AGUGAAAGUUUUGGUCGCAUAAGAAAAGCAUUGAUUUAUUUCAAAUCAUGUUUCUCUCCACAGCUAUCGUAACGUUAUUUAGUAUUCACGCCAUUGUCUGCGAAGACGUGAACACUAUAGACGUGAAGACCAGUUCAGGUGUCGUUAGGGGACAGACACUUGUAUUCAACAACAAGUCUAUUGACCAGUUCUUGGGUAUACCCUAUGCUGUGCCCCCAUUGGGUGCACUCAGAUUCUCUAAGCCUAAAUCAAUUGACAAACCAGCGGUCGAGAUAAUAGACGCGACUGCAGCCAAGUUCUCAUGUAUGCAAAAGGACGGCACCGGUCUGUUGAAGGUGAGCGAGGAUUGCCUGGUGGUGGACGUAUGGUCGCCCCACCGUGGUAAAUCACAAAUCGCCGAACCACUCAAACCGGUAAUGUUUUGGAUAUACGGCGGUUCGCUGACCAGCGGAUCCAUAUUUUUGCCCACAUAUGACGGCAGACCGUUGGUCACA